AGACUAGGGCGUCUCCGUUUCCUCCUCUCUGUGGUUCCGCCUGCAGCUUCCGCUUCCGGGGAGGGGCCUAAUUUUUCUUCGAAGAUUAGGGUUUCUGCGCUAUAGCUAGGAUGGCCGUGGUGCCGCUACUGUUGUUGGGCGGUUUGUGGAGUGCUGUGGGAGCGUCCAAUCUGGCUGUCGUUACAUGCGGCUCUGUAGUGAAGCUACUCAAUACGCGCCACAACGUGCGACUGCACUCACACGACGUGCGAUAUGGGUCAGGUAGUGGGCAGCAGUCAGUGACAGGUGUAACCUCUGUGGAUGACAGCAAUAGUUACUGGAGGAUACGGGGGAAGACCGCUACAGUGUGUGAGAGGGGAACCCCCAUCAGAUGUGGCCAACCCAUCCGGCUGACACAUGUCAACACUGGCCGAAAUCUCCAUAGUCACCACUUCACCUCACCUCUUUCUGGGAACCAGGAAGUGAGCGCUUUUGGUGAGGAGGGUGAAGGCGAUUAUCUGGAUGACUGGACAGUGCUCUGUAAUGGGCCCUACUGGGUGAGGGAUGGUGAGGUGCGGUUCAAGCAUUCUUCCACUGAAGUUCUGCUGUCUGUCACCGGAGAACAAUACGGUCGACCCAUUAGUGGGCAAAAAGAGGUACAUGGCAUGGCCCAGCCUAGCCAGAACAACUACUGGAAAACCAUGGAAGGCAUCUUCAUGAAGCCCACUGAGUUGUUAAAGACAGAAGCUCAUCACGCAGAGCUAUGAGUCUGGAAGCUGUGAGCCAGUGCCACCGCACAGGGUUCAUGACAUUUGCUGCUGCUGCUCCACCUUGGGAUCCCUGCCACAGGUUCCCCGGGCAGUGGCCUUGUCACCACUGAGAUGAAGAUGCAUGACAGAAUACAGUGGCUGUGGCUGGAAGCUUCAGCCCUUCACACUUGAAUUGGUUGUUCUCCCAGACUUUGGGUCAGUUCUUUUUGAGUACAGGACUUGCUGGUGAAGGAGCACAUACUUUUUGUUCGUAUUGAUAAAACAGAAACUGAGGGACACACGUCUCUUAGUUGGGAACUUUUUACUCCUCAGAAGCUUGGCAUCAUGCAUUAUUGAUGUGUGACUUUUCUCCUACUUUCUCCAGAAUGAUAAAGAAUUUCAUUAUUAGUCAUCAUGUUGUCAUUUAUUAGGUGUGCUAUUUCAUAAUCUGAUUGAUCCUUGAGUCUUACGAGAGUCACCGCUACUACUCUUGAGAUGCCAGAAACCUUUGGUGUGGGCCCUUUUAAGAGCCUUAUUUGCAUCCAAACUUUUUCUCUGUUUCCACUUUCCGAGCACCUCAGUUUUACUAGAUUUUUGACUAAUUAUGGCUAAAGACCCUCAAGGAAUACAGCUUAAUAAAUAGCCAAUAAAAUGUUUUACUCUGAAUUUGUUACUGCAGUUGAGAGAAAGGGUUAAGGGUAGUAAGAAGGAACCAAUAUUUAUUCACUGCUAAAACUAGAUACCGUACUGUAGUUCUUACCUCAUUUAAUUUUCACAGAGGUAUUGUAGGGUAGAUCUUAACAGUUUUACCAAUGCAGAACAUAAAGGUUUAGUAACUGUGUGAAUUUUUUUUUUUUUUUAAGUUUAUUUAUUUUGAGAGAGAGAGAGAGUGCAAGCAGGGUAGGGGCAGAGAGCGGGGGCUGGGCGGGGGGAAUAACAAGCAGCUCUGUGCUGUCAGCGCAGAGCCUGAUGCAGGGCUUGAACUCAGGAACCGUGAGAUCAUGACCUGAGCCGAAAUCAAGAGUUGGACCCUUAACCGACUGAGCCACCCAGGCGCCCCAACUGUGUGAAUUCUUAAAGCUAAUAAUUUAAGGAUAGGAAUCCAGCUGUGUCUCUUUUUUUUUUUUUUAACUGCAUUACACUUGUGUUUCGCUCUUGGAUGAUAACUGCUUCGUUUUGGACAAAUGUAGGGAUAUCUUUCUCUGAACGGGGGGGUAGAAAACUUUCGUUCUCUGUUUACCUCAUUUCUUCCUUUUUGUUUCUGGGUCAAUUCUAGAAAGUUUGCUCCUAGGUCUUUCAAGCAUGGUUGUGGUGAACAGAAAUGUCUGCCAUCUGCUGGAAUUUCAGUGACUAGCAGGUCUUUUUAUUUUUAGAAACAUUUUUUGGGGGGUACCUGGCUGGCUCAGUCCAUGGAGGGAGGGUGUGACUUGAUCUCGUGGUGGUGAGUUUGAGUCCCGUGUUUUUUUUUUUUUUAACGUUUAUUUAUUUUUGAGACAGAGCGUGAACGGGGGAGGGUCAGAGAGAGGGAGACACAGAAUCUGAAACAGGCUCCAGGCUCUGAGCUGUCAGCACAGAGCCCGACGCGGGGCUCGAACUCACGGACCAUGAGAUCAUGACCUGAGCCGAAGUCGGCCGCUUAACCGACUGAGCCACCCAGGCGCCCCUUGAGUCCCAUGUUUUAAAAAGAAAGAAACAUGGAUUUUUUUUUUUCCUCCUUUGCUUUGGGGACUCAACAUUAAACAUUUGGGGAUACCUGGUAUGUGCCCAUGACAUUAAAAGGCUUGGUGUUUUUUACAAGGACUUAUUUCAGUAAGUUGAGACCAUGAACUAGUUGGGCUCUAUCUCCAUCUUCUCCCCCAUUUUCCCGCUUCAGUUGCAUUGAUCAUUUGAGAUCUCUCCAUGGUGACAGUCUGGGAAGAAAAAAAGAAAGGAAAUGCUAGGAAUCAGCUGAAUAAAGGGAACAGAUUGGACAAGAUGAAUGAGAGUAGGGAGGUUUGUUGCAAGGUACCCCUACAUGGCUUGAACAGUGUUUUCACUGAGUCAUUGGGCCUUCCCUUAGGGUUAACAGAAUCUACCCUGCUGGGAAGCAGAUUACAAGGAAGAUGGCGGAGCGGUAGAGCUUGAGAGAAGUAUGGAUUUGAAACAAAUGGUGGAGUCUUUGCAGAGAUGUGACAGGCAAGAGGACUAAGAAACCAGUUGGAGGGGUAAAAACUAUGGGCGAUUCUAUGUGAAAGUUGGAAAUGGUGCUUUAUCUGAAGUAGUGGAAAAGUGUCCAAGUAAAAUCUUGAAGGGUAUUUAUGGAGAUUAGGAUGAGAGAGCAAAGGGAUAUGAAGUACUUAUUUUGAAGUCCUCAGAAUUUCUUUAGUUUGUAUUUAUUGUAUUAGCAUCACUGUAUUAGAGUUGGAAGGGAAUGUUGUCCAAUUUCCUCAUUUCACAGAGAAGGAAACAGGCAAAAUAAAGUUGGUCCUGAAUUA